AUGGCGAAGACAAAACGACCUAAUAUUCUUUUCAUCAUGGCUGAUGACCAUGCAUCGAAAGCAAUUUCUGCAUAUGGAGCCAACAUCAACCAUACGCCGAACCUCGAUCGUCUGGCUAAAGAAGGAAUACUGCUGAAUCAUUGCUAUGUGACGAAUUCAAUCUGCACUCCGUCAAGAGCCGCCAUUCUGACCGGCACAUAUAACCACGUCAAUGGCGUUGUCACAUUAGACAGCAAAAUCAACAAGAAUCUACCUAACGUGGCAAAACACUUACGGGCAGCUGGAUACGACACCGCCAUGGUCGGCAAAUGGCACCUGGGCGAAGGCGAAACGUGCCAGCCAAGUGGAUUCGAUUACUGGAGUGUCCUGCCCGGACAGGGUGACUACUGGGAUCCAACUUUCAUUGACAUGGACGGGCACGAGCGCGUGACAGAAGGCUAUGCGACGAGCAUUAUCACAAAUAAAUCCCUGGCCUGGCUGAACGAGAGACCGCGAGACAAGCCGUGGUUUCUUAUGUGUCACCACAAGGCGCCGCAUCGUAGCUGGGAGUGCGAUGAUAAGCACAAGAACCUCUACAAAGGGGAGAUCAAGAUGCCAGACACGUUCUCCGACGAUUACAAGAACCGGGCCAAGGCGGCGAAAAUCGCAAAGAUGCGCGUAGCAGAUGACUUGACGUACAAAGAUCUCGGCCUGGUGCAGCCCGACGGUGGCAGGAGAAAGCUAGGCGAAAUGAUGUGGGACGGCGCUCGAAAAAUCCCGAAUAACCCACAGGGGCUCCGUCUCAUCGAUGCAGACGAUGGCACAGUCUUCACUUUCUCGAAUGAAAAGGGUCUCGGAGAAUUUAAGUUUCAGCGGUACCUGCAGCGGUACCUCCGCACCAUUCAAAGUAUAGACGACAGUGUCGGACGACUGCUGGAUUGGCUCGAGCAGACCGGCCAAGCGGACGACACGGUCGUCAUCUACACGUCGGACCAAGGUUUCUUCCUCGGCGAGCAUGGCUGGUUCGACAAACGCUUCAUGUAUGAAGAGAGCUUCCAGAUGCCCUUUAUGUGCCGAUACCCACGCGAGAUCAAGCCGGGCAGCGUGAACAACGACCUGGUCAACAACGUGGACUUUGCGCCUUUGUUCUUGGACUACGCCGCGGCCAGGAAGCCGAGUUAUAUGCAGGGCCAGAGUUUCAGGAAGAUACUGAUGGGCGAAGCGAUCGAGGGGUGGAAGCAGGUCGCAUACCAUCGAUAUUGGAUGCACAAUGACGUUAUCCACGAGGCGUACGCACAUUAUGGUGUCAGAGAUCAGAGGUAUAAGUUGGUAUAUUGGUACUGUGAGGAUAUGGGCGUGGAGGGUGCGCGGCCUGGUGGUGAGGAGUACAAGGAGUGGGAGUUAUUUGAUUGUCAGGAGGAUCCGUUGGAGUUGUUUAACGUUUAUGGCGAUCCGAAGUACCAGGGUAUUGUCGUUAGGAUGACGAGAUUGUUGGAGGAUAAGAUGGAGGAGAUUGGUGACGAGCCUGUGCAUGUUUUGAGCAGUUGGAAAAAGCCACCUCACCCAAACCUUUGA